UUGACUUCGGGGUUCAGACUUCAAUGGGCAUGAUGACACCUCUCAACUCUCCAGAAGCUGAAGAUCAGAAGCCACCCCUGCCAUGAAUUACAUUCUGCCUAAUCAAUAUUUGCAUUUACUUCUCAACUACUGUAAGACAGAUUUCCUUUUGCAUGCAAAGAGAUGCAACAGAGGCCCUCGGUGGCAGUGGGAUAAAGAUCUGUAAGGCCCUCUUGGCCUCAGACCCACUCUCCUUUGCCACAAUGCCAUGCACUGCCACCUGCCCCGACCAUCACCUGCCCUCCACUACAGCGAGGUGGUGGCCCAAGCAUGAGGAUGACUCCAACUUCUUCAAGGUGGUGGGGGGCUUCUUCAGCCGCGGCACCAACAUGGUGCGGGUCAAGCUGGUGGAGGACCUGGACACCCACGAGAGCAAAGAAAAGCAUAACUGUGUGCGCAGCAUCCUGCACAUGAUCAAGCUCUGCAACUACAUGCUGAGUGUCUCCUUCCCCUUCAGUCACAACCAUGGCUCCUGGAAGGUCAUCGAGGGCUAUGGCACUCAGCACGGUCAGCAGUGUACACCUGCAAGGGAGGCAUCCGGGACAACAUGGACAAGAAUGUGGACGAGUGAAGGUGCUGGCUUCAAUGAUGACAUGCAAGUGUGCAGUGGUUGAUAUGCCAUUUGGCGGGGCUAAAGCAGGUGUUUAGACCAAUCCCAAGAACUAGUCAGACAAUGAAUUGGAAAAGAUCCCAAGGAGGUUCACCAUGGAACUGGCAAAGAAGGGCUUUCUCAGUCCUGGCAUUGACGUGCCUGCCCUGGACAUGAGCAGGGGUGAGCGGAAGAUGUCCUUGAUCAUGGACACCUAUGACAGCACCAUAGGGCACUAUGAUAUUAAUGCAUAUG